AUGCAAGAUAUGCAAGUCGACAUUUCGAUGUUAGUGGAAACAAAAUUGGACACAGCAAAACAAUAUGUUAGAAGCCGACUUAAGGAGGACGCGACACAAUCAUUCGGGCACAAGGAUGCAUUCAAAUUGAAUGCCCACUCCACUCCGAUCAAAGCCGACAAGUCCAGGAAACCUGGUGGAAUCUUGCAACUUACAACAGGUCAUCAUCAGGGGCGAAUUAUGGACCAAGGCAAGGACGAAUUUGGAAGGUGGGUGUACACGACAUAUAGGUGCAAAGGAGAGUCUCCCAGGACAGUCAUCACAACCUACCAAGUGGUCAAAACUGAUCCAUACACAAGUGGGCCAACAACAUAUGCAACCCAACUCUUCGGCCUGUACACCAAGGAAGGAAGACAAGAACCCCACAAUCUACGCAAACAUCACGCAAAUGAUUUGGUUAGCUUCGUCCAAGAUCUUCAGUCAAAAGGGCAUCUGGUAAUGGUAGCAGGGGACUUCAACACGGACCUAGGAGAGGAAGAGGGUGGCUUGGAUCAUCUAUGCUCCGAGUGCAAUCUCAUUGAUCCCAUUCUGACAACACACGGAGCAGCAAACUUCUCAACUUACAACCGUGGAAAGAACAUUCUGGACUACAUCUUGAUCGAUCCGGAACUGCUCCCAACAAUUGUUCGAUGUGGUUAUGAAGCUUUCCACGCUCAUGUGAUUAGUGAUCACAGAGGAGUUUACAUCGAUGUUGACACAGACUUGUUUUUCGGGGAUGAUCCACAGGUGUUGGUUAGAAAACAAGCAAGGGACAUCAUCAGCACAAAAGCUCACCAAAUUGGGCCUUAUUUCGACAACAAACACCAACAUUUAGAGGACCACAACUGGUUUGAACAGAUAAAGACCCUCCAACAACACAUGCGUGACAAUAUACCAAACCAUACUCUGGCAGAGCAACUCUACGAUCGCCUCCUCACGGCAUGCAUCUAUGCUGGGAAGCGCCUGCCUAAAUACCGGGAUGCACCGUACUCCCCAGAACUUGUCCGGUUGAGAACCAUCAAAGAUCUGCUCAACACAGUCUACAGCCAUAUGACAACCAACAUAGAUCUUUCAGAUCAAAUUGAGAACAUCAGAAACAAACUUGACUCAGUGGGAUACGAUCUACCAACAUCUGUCGAGGAGUGCAAGAAAGCCCAAAGGCAGGCUACCAAAGACUUCACCACAGCCAUGAAAGAAGAAUUGAAGAACAAGCCUCUUCGGAAAGCACACCUAAAACAGCUGAUCAAGGAUGCACGUGAAAAGGAGGACAAAAAGUUAGUCAAAGCUCUAAAACACAUCCAGAGAGCAGAGGAUUCCAACACAAUAUUCGACAAGCUUCGAAUCAUCCGGAACAAGGUCCCGUCUGGUGGCCUCAAGCAUUUCCUAGUCCCCGAAAACCCCCAACAAAAAUCCCAAGGAGUGUCAACACUGGAGGCAAGUGGAUGUCCCAGAAGAAAUUGA